AUGGAUUUAUCCGACGCAAGAUCUUCUGACGUCGAGCAAAAUGGCGGGUCUUCCAGUCGGCGCAAAUCCGGCCGUGCAAUCAGGAAACCGCAAUUAUAUUCACAAGAUGUUAGCUUAAAUAACAAUACCGCCGAGAAGAGGAAGCGAAUGGCAGCGAACGAGGACGAGGAGAACGAUGACGAAGAAGACGCGGAGGGGUUGGAGUCUGAGGACGACCCUGAAGACGAAGACCCAGAUGAGGAGGAAGAAAAAGAACGCAGAAAAGCAGCCCGCAGAGCCGCAAAUAAAAGAAGACAGAGUGCGAAAGGCAAUGCAAAACGGACACCAUCGCGUGCUACGAAGAAAGCAAAGACUAACAGCGCCGGAAAGUCACUUGCAAUCCGCUCAACAACUAACGGCAAGGCCAAAAAGGCAGCUCCAAAGAAGAGAAGUGCUCCGCCAAGGCCAAUUUUCCAUGCUACCUCGGAAGGAUUGUUCGGCGAUCUUUUCGAGCGAGAAAAAGAUGUAGAGGCCGUGGUAGAGGAAUGGGUGACCGAAUAUGAGAAAGACCCUGUGGAGGGCAUGCGUGUGCUGUUCAAUCUUUUCCUCCAGUCCACAGGAGCGGAUCUUUCUGUGGAUACGGCGGACGUAACAGAUGAGGACCACUGGCCCCAGCGUAUCCAGGACCUUCAAGAGGCUCACCUCGAUACUGAGCCCUCUGACUACCCUCUCAUAUCCAGGGACAGACGCUUUCGCAACUUCCGAUCUACCAUUGUUGACUUCUGCGACUCCUGGGUUGAAAACCUUCACCGCUCCUCGUUGCUAUACAACUCAUUCGCCCCGGGUUUGAAAGCCGAGACAUGGCUCAAUAUUAUGUCAAGCUCUGGGAACAGAGCUUUCAGACACACAGCGACUCUAUGCUCUAUAACGAUAGCUAGCGCCUUGUGUGACGUUGCCGAGGAAAUUGCAACUGCUGUUUCUACCUCUCGUAAACAACUGGAAAGCGAGAAGAGGAAGAAGCAGGCGAAUAAGGGUCGGAUUAACACCAUAGAGAAUACGAUUCAAGAGAAUGAAGAGAAAUUAGUUGUGAUUGAAGAACUUCUCAGAGAAGCAUUUGACACUAUGUGGGUUCAUCGGUAUCGCGACGUCGACUUCAAAAUUCGUAGCGAAUGUUACUCUGGAUUGGCCCGAUGGAUUCAGACUCAUAGGGAGAUGUUCUUUGAACCCCAGUACGUGCGAUACCUCGGCUGGGGUCUGUCGGACUCCGUGACACAGGUUCGUUUUGCUGUUGUCGCGCAGCUUCGCCUGAUUUACGAGAUCAAGUUUAGUAUCGCUACACUUAGAACGUUCACGGGUCGAUUCCUUCGUCGACUAGUUGAAAUGGCCCUGCGGGAUACUGACACCAACGUCCGAACCUCUACUGUCGAAUUACUCGGAUUGAUUAGAAAUCAAGGUUUAAUGGAGAACGCUGAGAUUGAUCAAGUCGGCCAGUUGGUGUUCGAUGCGGAGUCGCGUAUCCGUAAAGUGGCCGGUCGUUUCUUUGCCGCGAAUCUUGAGGAAAUAUAUGAAACACACACGGAAGAGAUGGCUGAAGACAUUAACGAGACUUUUGGGGACCAAGAGGACGAAGAUGAUUUUGAAGCACCUAAGAGAUCUUGGAUCAAGUACAAAUGCCUUGUUGAUAUUCUUCAAUCGUACGAUGGACAAAGAGACGAUCAGACAAUCGAACGCCAGCGGCUGGGCACUGUCGAGGCUCUUUCCGGUGCGCCAGUUGAGUCGCGUUUCUUCCUCGCGACUGAAGCGAUUUACCAGCACUUGAAAGAACUGUCCCAAUGGCAAUCGCUUGCCGGAUAUCUUCUCUAUGACCACUCUCAGAUUUCGGAAUCACCUCCACAGGACGAGGUUAGUAACGUCCGACAAUUCUUUGCAUUAGAAGAGGGCCAAGAUAUCAUUCUGCUUGAGGUGUUAGUUUGUGCGGUCAAACUUCGGAUAUUAGAAAUUGCUCGAUCCGAUAUCAAUAAGCGCGGACAAAAGAUCAAGUCGUUGACGGAUAAGAUUCCUGAGCUGCAAGAAGAGACCGCCCACCACCUUACACAGAUCAUUCCACGCUUGUUGAACAAGUUUGGUGCCGUGCCCGAAGCGGCUUCAGCAGUUCUGCGACUGGAACACCUUGUCGAUUUGGAUAAGAUUCAAAACCUACAGAAGGACACGACUUCCUAUACCUCUCUUCUCAAUGACAUAAAUAGACAGUUCCUGACUCACUCAGACCAAGAUGUCCUUGUCGAGGCUAGCGUUGCCUUCUUACAUGCUCGAAGCUCGGACGAAAUGAAAGAAGCGAUGGAAAGCAAAGUCCAGGAGCUUUGGGAUGAUAUGAUUGAAACACUCAGCACAAUUUCGCAGAAUCGAAAUGUUCAAGCCGGCUCAUCAGUUGCUAAGAACGUUCUGGUCGAGCUUUCUAAUACAGUUACAAGAAUAGCAAAUCUUGCCAGCAUCGUCGACUGCACAAGUGUUAUCGAAACAGUACCAGGUACCGUAGGCAAGAAACGCAAACAGAGCUCAGAAGCGCCUUUCAAUACGCUCAUUCAUCUAGUCAACCGUGGACUCCGUGAGGAAGAGUCGGAUGAGGAAUUACGAGGUCUCGAAACGGAGUUGAUUGUGAACAGUAUCAAAACAUUACUUUUCUACUUCAUGUGGAAGGUGCAAGCUUUAUCGACCGCAGUGAAAUCCCGCACUGCUAAAUACAGUACAUCGUAUUUUGAGACCUUAGCGAAAAGUCGGGAUGUUUUUGCUGCUACUCUGACUGCUGUCAUGCAAUCGAGAAAAAUCCUCGACGAUAUACGGUUCUCUGCGGUAACGACCUUCUUGGAUCUUCAGACGCUGUUCGGUACACUGCGUAACAUUGGAAUGCAUGUGAAAGGUGGACCAGAAAAGGUUGAUGAGGAUGUUCUUUUCCAGACGCAAGGACUUGCACAGGAAGUCACUCCAUCGACACAAGACCUCAUCUCUAAGUUCCACGACGUCGCUGAACGAUCUUUAGCUAAGAAAUUGAAGAAAGAGAUUCGUUCUUCUGUAGAGGAUGAUAAUGGCCUAUUGGAAUCAGCACAGGAUCUCAAGGAUUUGCCCUCAGAUGACGAGGAAGAGAACGACGAGCAGGACGAGGAUGCAGUCGAAGACGAGUCUGUCGCAACGGAACGGCUACGGUUAACAAUAUUGGCCGAGCAACGAUUGUGCGAGCUUACCGGCAAGAUCGUUUUGGCUAUUAUCGGCCGUGUCAUAGAUAACUCGGGUUCACAACGUGGCGAGCUCAAGAAGAAACUGCUUGUGAACAAAUCUUUGCUGGGCCACAACUACAAAGAGGUUGUCUCAUUCCUGGAGGAUCGUAAAGCACGGCCCGAUACCAGUGCUAAAUUAAGGAACAAACAAGACGCAGCCGCUCGCCUGGGGACAUUGAGACCUGAUGAACCUUUAGAGUUAGAGGAUGAUCCCAUUGAGGAUGAUGCAGAUGCUCAUCCAGCCGCUGUCGAGGAAGACGAGGACGAAGAUCUUCGUGCCAGAGGCCUUGUUGAAGAGCACAUUGACGACGAUAACGAGAAUACCGAAAAGGGGGGUGAAGAGGAUGACGGGUCUGAGAGAGAAGAAAAUGGCGUCGCAGAAGAUGAAGCAGGGGAGGAAGAAAACGGGGACGAAAAUGAAGAUGAAGUUAUGGGUGAUUGAUUUCUUCUCUUUUUUCUUUUUUCUUUUUUCUUUCUUCUUUAUGUAUUGCUUUGAUUUAAGUGGAUUGUGGGAGGAGUAGCAGGUUCUCUACUCUUCUUUUACUUUGUCGUUCAUAUUAGCUUUUAUAUUUGUCGGUUGUAGGAUUCAAGUGGUUUUCAUCUCUUUCUUUCUGUGUAUAACGACAGCUAAUUUCAAAAUGCCACUGCUUUUGAUUUGCUUUGAUCU